ACAAGUUACAAGACACACUCGAUGACCGUACAGCUGCUCUUCGCAACUUGGAACGUGAUCAUGCUGCUCAGACAUUACAUUUAGAGCGCCUGGAAGAAGCUCAUCAAAUUGCCCGUGAAGAACUAUAUGAAGCACGAGUUGAGGCUGAUCAACUCCGAGAUAAUCAUAUGAAUGCGCUCUCUGAAGAAAAUCCCGAUGCCGAAAGUGUUUUGAAGCGGCACAUUGAGGAACUUGAUCAACGGAUCAUGCGACGGAAUGAACAAAUUGGUAUCCAACAAAACGAAUACAGACGACUAGACAUGAACCUCAAAAUUGCCGAAGAAGCUGCAGAAAAUAUGAGAACGGAACUUGAGGAGUUACGGGUACAGCGAGUGUGGCUAGAAGAAGAUGCAUCAAACGUACGUCAAGAACGUAAUCAGGCUCUCCGCGACUUGGACGACGUACGGGUUGAGCUGGAUGACGCUCGUACCUCUCUGGAGAAGUUGGAAACAACAAACUCGAUAAACGAAAAGGCGAGGUCGGAGGAAGCGGCCACCUUGAUCGAGCUCGUUUUCUCAAGUCGGGCUGAGAUCCAAGCAAUUAAACUAUCCGCCAAACAAGAGGGUUCUCACAUCUGCGAUUCGCAACCUCCUCCAGCUUCCUCGUCUGUUCAAGAUGCAUCAGUACAAGCUACGGGUGAUAAUGAGCCAACGCAAGAGCUUGAAGAAGCAAAAAGGGCUAUCGAGGCUCUGACAAAUGCCCAAAGUCAAGAUUUGGAGCGACUUCGCGAUGCAGAACAGCUAAAUACUCGGCUACAAGCAAGCUUGGAAGAAGCGACCUCGCGAGGUGAUACUCUGGCAUCUCAACUUCGACGAGCCACCGAACUAGCUCGUGAAGAGUUGGAGAAUCGCCUUGUGACUUUGGAAGAGCAAGUUGAAUCGCUUUCAGCAGAAGUUGAAAUUCUGGAGGAACGGCUGGCAGAGGGUCAAGAGCAGCUGACUACAGUCCUCGAACAAAAUGGCGACCUUGAAGACCAAGUGACAGAUCUCCAGUCUCAAGCUAUUAUUUCUUCCAAGGAGGCGCAAGAACGAGCCGCAGAAUGGGAAGCUGAAAUCGACAUUCUCCGGACAGAACGAGAUCGACUAUCGCAACGAGAUACAGAGUUUAUCGACUUGUUACAAAGGCAUGAAGUCCUGGAACGCGAGCAUUCAGCUGCUUUGUUGGUUGUGACAGACUCUGAAAAACUCAAGGACCAACUGAACGAUUUGCAAGCAGAGAAGGAGGAAUAUACUCUGACAGUAGACAAGCUGUCGUCAGAGGUAGAAGUCUACCGUAUCGAACGAGAAGAAUUCCUUUCCAAGCUCUCCGAUCUCGAGUCACUGCGAGCCACCUUGCUUGACAGAACCCAGGAGCUUGAAGACGUACAAGCCAGUCGACAACAGGUCGAGGACGAGCUCAACGCUCUACAAGAGUCUAUGACCCAGCUUCAACAG